AGUGACCCCGGUAUGUCGACCCUUACGUACACCAGUUUGUCCGGUUGACGAAGAGGCUGUAAAUCUCCCUCCAAUAUUACAAAAACUACAAUGACCACUACCACUACAAGGCCCUUCACUCCCCAGCAACUCCGAUUUGUCCGACACCCCAAAAAUCACCCAAUAUAACAACUGAAUUGUAUGAAGAUCAAACGCCUAGACGCAAGGCACGGAAUAUUUCUCAUAUUACUCAAGAUAAUACUCUUCAAUUGGAUUCGGGUUAUGGACGAACACCAGCCAAAGGUUUUGCACCACAGACACCUUUAAAAACUCCCGGACAACCAUCAAAUGCAAGUUUCCAUAAAACCAUAAGCCCUUCGACAAUGAGAGACAACAUUACCCAAAUGGAAUCAAUGAGGCUUGAUGAAAGUAUGAAUUCAAAAGCUAAAACAUUUUUAAACAAAACGCAACCGGUUCCACCACCUCCGCCUCUACCGCCUUCGGAUCCUAAUAGUACAAACUGCCGAGAUUUGCAAAGAACUUAUCGUUCUGGUGAUCAGAGCCCACGUUGUCCAGCUCCCACUAUUCCAACGACGAGAAAUUUUAACCAAUCUAGUUAUUAUAAUAAUGGCACUUGUCUUAUGGAAGAAGACUAUAGAUCCCUACCUAACAGAACCUACCCCCGUACAGUGCAAACUCAAAGAUCUCAAUACUGCCCAGCUCCAACAAAUGAGUCAUAUUAUUACAAUGCCUCGCUGUUUGCGGAACCCAGCCAAUAUCACAAAAGGCAAUGUGAAUAUCCUGACAAGUCGUAUAUAGAUCUUACGGAUGAGACACAAUAUUUAGGUGAUGAUAUGGAUAUCAGUGGUCAAGAUGAAUUAUUUUCCCGUUCCGCUUGCCCUGCCAAGCGUGAAGACCCCAGCCAAAUGCAUUCUUGGCGAAUUACUCCUGAGGAUCUUACUUGCUGUGAACGCACUGGCUAUGAAACAUUCCAAAGUCAACAGCCAGAUUUAAGUUCCACUAUGGUACAGACCUAUGCCAUCUCAACAAAGUGCUGAUUAUGGGUGCUGAUUUUGAGGCCACAGAAUAUCAAGAAUUGCCUUCAUCUUUGAAACCUCAAGCUCCCACAUGUCCUCCUUGUGAACAACCCAAAGCUAGUUUGUUUCGCUGUUUAGCUAAGAAGUUAAGUUCUACUUAUGAUUUUAUUUCCUCUUUGGUAGCACCACAAAAAUCAGCAAUAACAUUGCCAACGGAUCAGACAACGGGUCAAGUAUUUGAUGCAACG